AUGAGCCGCCACCGUCACUUCCUCGCCUCCGCAGGCGGCGCACUCCUGUUCGUCCUCUCGUGUCUCGUCGCCCUAGCGUUCGUCGCCUCUCUCUUCGCCCGGCUGAACUCCUACCCGCGGUACUCCUACGCCUCCUCUAAUCCCAACUCGACGGGAUGCAACCUGGACGGGGAAGGCUCGUGGUCCGUCGGAGUCUUCUACGGCGAUUCCCCGCUUUCCCUCAAGCCCAUCGAGUCGGUGAGCGUCCUCUCUUCCUUUCUCCUCCUUCCCUCUUCCCCUCCCCAUGUGUGAUGCUCCUGAGAACUCUUUCGGGCUCUCUGACUCCGUCUUGAUUGCGAACCAGUGGAACAUCUGGAGAAACAGCAGCACGGCGUGCCCUGUCGCGAACCCCGUCUUCACCUGCGCCUCGACCUCCGACGCGGGUUCUCCCAGUAACUUCAUCGCCGAUCCUUUUCUCUACAUCGACGUCAGUUGCCAUCCCCUACAUUUUAAGUAUAUUGUUUUUUCUUGUGUGACUCUGUUUUAGCGCGAAUACUUUUGGUAUCUGUCUGAAAUGUUUGAGCAUGAUGCUUGUAUCUGCUUCAACCUCUAUUUCCUUUCCAAGUAAGCGUCCGUUACUUCAUCGGUGACUGAGAGUCCGGCAUGGAAAGAAACCUGAGGGUUGGAAACCGAUCAGUGACUGCAUCCAGCAACUAAUAAAUCUUCAGUCCCUCAUACGCUUACUAUGACUAUAUCACCGAUGUAACAUGCGCCCGUGUGAUCUUAAUCUUUCGUUCUCUAUCUCUAGUGUGUUUGAGGUGUUUUUCCAGGUGAUUUCGGUUCGCGUUUCAGCUAGAAAAUCUCACCUAUCGUCUUCUCUUUGUCUCCUUGUUCCAGGGGAGCUCUCUGUAUUUAUUCUUUGAGACCAAAAACUCGAUCACCAUGCAAGGAGACAUCGGGGUCGCUAAAAGCAGCGACAAUGGAUCGACAUGGGAGCACCUGGGUAUUAUACUGGAUGAGGAGUGGCAUCUCUCUUACCCGUUCGUCUUCAAUUACCGCGGCCAAGUAAAAACCCUACCUUGAUUCAGACAAUAAAUUUUUUCCGCAGCCAACUUAAUGGCACGACCAGCCCAGUUCAUCCGGUCGAUCAUUCCAUUAAUCUUCGUCGUUCUUACCUUCUCUUUUCUUCGACAGAUUUAUCUGAUGCCCGAAGGCAGCAAGAAAGGGGACCUUCGUCUCUAUCGGGCGGUGGAUUUCCCCCUGAAAUGGAUAUUGGAGAAAGUCAUCCUUGACAGGCCCCUCAUAGAUACGUUCAUGGUGAACUACCAGGGAAUGUACUGGCUUUUCGGGUCCGACUGGAGAGGUUCUGGAGUUAUAAAGAACGGGCAGCUGGAGAUAUGGUACAGCAGCUCACCGUUCGGCCCCUGGAAGCCCCACGGGCGGAAUCCAAUCCACAACAUGGACAAGAGCUUGGGUGCUCGGAACGCUGGCCGGCCGUUCGUUUACAACGGGAGUUUAUACCGCCCUGGACAAGACUGCGGCGAAACCUAUGGCCGGCGAGUGCGUUUGUUCGAGAUUCUGUCUCUAACGGUCGACGAGUACCGGGAGAUCGAGGUGCCCCUCGGCAUUGAAGAGCCCAAAAAGGGGAGGAAUGCCUGGAACGGCGCUCGCUAUCACCAGCUCGACGCGCAGCAGCUUCCCUCAGGGGAGUGGAUCGCCGUGAUGGAUGGGGAUCGAGUGCCUUCCGGCGAGAACCUCCGCAGGCUCAUCAUCGGCUAUUCCCUGAUAGCAGCGGCUGUUGCACUCGUAGUUCUAGCUGGGGCGGUCCUGUGCGUCCUCAAGUGCCUGCUCCGCCGUGGCUCCUCCCUUCCGCAGUCAGGGACGCCGGAUGAUGGUCUCGCCGCUGCAACAAAAGCUCUCCCUCUCCUCUCUUGCAUCCUGGUGGGGCUUCUGGGUCUUCUGAAGAAGUUGAGCUGGUCAUCCAAGAGUAAAGUGGGGGUCCGAGCCUGCGUGGGGCGCUUGGUUCUAGGCGUCGCGCUUCUCUCAGCCGUCGUCAUAGUGUGCACCGGCGUGUAUUAUCUACGGAGAGGGAACGGCGUGGAGGAGGCGUACCCCUGGAAGGGGCAAUACUCUCAGUUCACACUGCUGACCAUGGCCAGCGACGCAUAUCCACGGAACCUGAGAAAAUUAGUGAAGCACUACUCGCGAUGCCCGUCAGUGGGGGAGAUCGUGAUUGUGUGGAACAAAGGGCAGCCGCCGCCGGCGGGUGACUUCCAUCACUCCGCAGUUCCCAUCCGGAUCAGAGUGGAGGCCCAGAAUUCCUUGAACAACCGCUUCAAAGCCGACCCCUUGAUAAAGAACAGAGGUGUUCUUCAGCUCGAAUUCGGCGCCAUGGUUGGCUGCAAUGAUCUGGAGCGGGGAUUCAAGGUGUGGCGACAGUACCCGGAUAGGAUCGUUGGGUUCUUCCCAGGCCUCGCCGACGGGAACCCGUUGACAAUCCAGGACGAGAAGCUUGCUCGAACUCGGAGUGGUUACAACAUGAUACUGGCAGGAGCUGCUUUCGUUGACGGCCAGCUCGCCUCGGGGAGGUACUGGAGCGAGGAAGCGAUCUCCGGCAGGAAGAUCGUCGACCGGUUCUCCGACUGCGAGGAUAUUCUCAUGAACUUUCUCUUUGCAAACAUGAGCUCCUCGAGCACGGCGGAGUUUGUCCGGCCUGCUGAGGCCAUGGAUCCGUGGGAGCUCUCUGGGUCCCCCGUCGGCCGAGGCCGCGGGAUGGCGAGGGCUUCGCCGGCCAGGAUGAACUGCCUCAUCGAGUUCUCUAAGACGUACGGCAGCAGAUUGGCCGGUCGGAAGUCGGAGUUCGGUCGCCGGGAAGAUGGUUGGGACGUGUAA